GAGAAAGUGGGAGGGGGAGAGAGAGAGAGAGAGCGUGAAAGAGAGACUGAGGAAGGAAUUUGCGAGUCACGCUAUUGACAGAGAGAGAGAGAGAGAGAAAGAGAGGAAUCCCGUGGCCUCUGUGUCGGUGAAAGGGUUAAGUCCGUCCCCUCGCGAUGCCUCGAAUCGACAAUGACAUCAAACUGGAUUUCAAGGAUGUUCUGCUCCGACCGAAGAGAAGCACAUUGAAAAGCAGGAGCGAGGUCGACCUGAAGAGAUCGUUCACUUUCCGCAACUCAAAGCAAAGCUACGUUGGGAUUCCCAUCAUCGCGGCCAACAUGGACACCGUGGGCACGUUCGAGGUGGCCAAGACUCUCAGCAAGUUCUGCCUAUUCACUGCGAUACACAAACAUUACAGUUUAGCCGAAUGGAAGGAAUUCGCUUCAAGCAAUCCGGACUGUCUGGAGAACAUCGCGGCCAGCUCGGGCACCGGACAGAGCGACCUGGAGAAGCUCACGGAAAUUCUGGAAGAGAUCCCCGGCGUUCAGUACAUCUGCCUGGACGUGGCCAACGGAUAUUCCGAACAUUUCGUGGAGUUCGUCAAAAACGUCAGGAAAAAAUUCCCCUCCCACACAAUCAUGGCUGGGAACAUUGUCACAGGAGAAAUGGUUGAGGAGCUGAUUCUGUCCGGCGCAGACAUCAUAAAGGUCGGAAUCGGACCAGGGUCUGUCUGUACGACUCGCAAUAAAACAGGAGUGGGAUACCCUCAGCUCAGCGCUGUCAUCGAGUGCUCAGAUGCAGCCCAUGGAUUGAACGGACAUAUUAUAUCAGACGGAGGUUGCACGUGUCCUGGAGAUGUCUCUAAAGCUUUCG